AGUAACUAAAUAUUAAAACUAAUAUAAAAUAUAUGAAAUUCCAAGAAUACCUUGUCUUCCUCCUCCUUCAUCCGUGCACCUUUGCUUACUCUUUCCUUCCGUUCUUUCUCCUUUUUUCUCUCUCACCUCCCCCUUCUCUAUUCUUCGUUUUUAGGGCAGCCACGUGAACUUCCCUGUCAUUGAUUUCUAUUAACAGGUUCCUUUGUUUCUCUUUUUUCGGCAGUUACAGCCAUGGUAUUUGUUCUCAGUGCUACUGGAAUAUUCUGCGAAGCAGGAGGUGUUGCAGGCUCAUUAUGUUGAGCUGCAGCCUACAAUCCAACUAGAAUAUGCCAUUGUAAACCAAUCAUAAUAACAUUUGCCUCCACCAACACUAGGGCCACUAGCAGGAGUUAUUGAUGAGGCAUCAUCAUUCUAGCUUUCCUAAUCUUGGCCACCAUGACGAUUACUUCCAGGAAGCAUUUUCUAUACAAUUUCAAACACCAUGAUCAAUUUUUAGGUAAAAUCUAUCUUACAAAAGUAUGAUUUAUUUCUAAAAUCUAUAUCAAUCUCAAAAUGGCUAGCUUUCUAACUCAUCACUUCUCGUGGUUUCCCCGUCCUUGGUUUCACUUUCUAAAAUGGUGGACAAGGAAAAACUAUGAGAUAACUUAGUAAGUAAAUAUGGGUAGCCCAUGGGUAAAAUUUAAGCAUGCUAGAUAACAGUUUAACAUAACAAAAUGUUCAAUGAUAAACCAUUAAUACAUAAUCAAAUUCAGUUCCAUAGCAAAGCAUUCAAUGACAAACCAUUCAUGCAGAAUCAAAUUUAGUAGUAGUCCCAUCUAUAAGUCAUGGCCAGCGUUUAACACCCACUGGCAGGCGUCAGAAAUUACCAAUGUAUUCGCCCAAUGGCAAGCGUCAGAAUUUACCAAUGUAUUAUCCCAUUGGAAAGAUUACAGAAUGAACCGGUCAUAUCAGUAAACAUGUCGACAUGUGCCAGCGUUUGCAAACUCCCACUGGCGGGUGUCAGUAAUCAUGACUAUAUCAGAGACAAAACCAUGUAGGAUUUACAGAAAAAUUCAUAAUUCACAAUCAAUCUCAAAUUUCAGAAAUAAACCGAAAAAUUUCCAUGUGAGCAUGGAUUUAAUAGAAAAACUCAAAAUUU